AUGCCGAUACAGAGAAUGGUGCGCGUGUCCCUGGAGCUUCCCACCAGUGCCGUGUGUGUGGCUGGCGUGGAGACCCUCGUGGACAUUUAUGGGUCGGUACCCGAAGGCACAGAGAUGUUCGAAGUCUAUGGGACCCCAGGUGUGGAUGUCUACAUCGCUCCCAGGAUGGAGAGGGGCCGGGAGCGUGCGGAUACCAGGCGGUGGCAGUUUAACACAGGGUUGGAGAUCAUCGUGGUCAUGAACUCCCCCAGCAACGACAUCAACGACAGUCAUGUUCAGAUUUCCUACCACUCCGGGCAGGGGCCCUUGCCCCUGGCCUACGCAGUGCUCUACCUCACCUGUGUUGACAUUGCUCUGGAUUGCGACCUGAACUGUGAAGGCCGGGGGCAUGGGGGCUUUGUGGACAAGCGGCAGUGGGUCUGGGGGCCCAAUGGACAUGGAGCCAUCCUGCUGGUGAACUGUGACCGGGACGAUCUAAGCUGUGAAAACCAGGAUGAUAGUGACCAGCAUGUGCAUUGCCUGCAAGACCUGGAAGACAUGUCCGUGAUGGUCCUACGGACCCAGGGCCCCACUGCCCUGUUCGAUGACCACAGACUUGUCCUCCACACCUCCAGCUACGAUGCCGAGCGGGCCCGGGUCUUCCACGCCUGCGGUCCCGAGGACUCAUGCGAGGCUUACAGGCACGUGCUGGGCCAGGACAAGGUGUCCUACGUGGUGCCCCGCUUCCACGGCAACGAGGAACGCUUCUUCGUGGAGGGCCUCUCCUUCCCCGACACCGGCUUCUCCGGGCUCAUCUCCUUCCACGUCACUCUGCUGGACGACUCCAGCAAGGAUUUCCCUGAGUCCCCGAUCUUCACUGACACCGUGGUGUUCCGAGUGGCACCCUGGAUUAUGACGCCCAGCACCCUGCCGCCCCUGGAGGUGUAUGUGUGCAGCGUGAGGAACAACAGAAGCUUUGUGAACGCGGUGGCGGAGCUGGCCAGCAAGGCUGGCUGCAAGCUGACCGUCUGCCCGCAGGCUGAGAACCGCAACGACCGUUGGAUCCAGGACGAGAUGGAGCUGGGCUAUGUCCAGGCACCGCACAAGACUUUCCCGGUGGUCUUUGACUCCCCCCGGAAUGGGGAUCUGCAGGACUUCCCUUACAAAAGAAUCCUGGGUCCAGAUUUCGGGUAUGUGACUCGGGAACCACUGGACAUGGCGGUGAGUGGCCUGGACUCCUUUGGGAACCUGGAGGUCAGUCCCCCGGUGGUGGCCAACGGGAAAGAGUACCCCCUGGGGAGGAUCCUCAUCGGGGGCAACAUGCCUGGGUCGUGUGGCCGCAGGGUCACCCAGGUGGUGCGGAACUUCCUGCACGCCCAGCAGGUGCAGAGCCCCGUGGAGCUCUUCGUGGACUGGUUGGCUGUGGGCCACGUGGACGAGUUCCUCAGCUUCGUCCCUGCCCCCGACGGGAAGGGCUUCCGGCUGCUCCUGGCCAGCCCCGACGCCUGCUUCAAACUCUUCCAGGAAAAGCAGAAGUGGGGCCACGGCAGGGCCCUCCUGUUCGAAGGCGUUGCUGGCGGCAAGCUGGUCAACACCGUCUCCAUUAACCAGAUCCUCUCCAACAAAAACCUCAUCAGCUACAAUAAGUUUGUGCAGAGCUGCAUCGACUGGAACCGGGAGCUCCUGAAGCGGGAGCUGGGCCUGGAGGAGGGUGACAUCAUUGACGUACCCCAGCUCUUCAAGAUGGAGAAGAGGAAGGCGGUGGCCUUCUUCCCUGACUUGGUGAACAUGCUGGUGCUGGGGAGGCACCUGGGCAUCCCCAAGCCCUUCGGGCCCAUCAUCAACGGCCGCUGCUGCCUGGAGGAGAAGGUGCGGUCCCUGCUGGAGCCGCUGGGCCUCCACUGCACCUUCAUCGACGACUUCACCCCCUACCACAUGCUGCACGGCGAGGUGCACUGCGGCACCAACGUGCGCCGGCAGCCCUUCCCCUUCAAGUGGUGGAACAUGGUGCCCUGAGCUGCUCCUGCCACCAUCCUCUCCUCCUGGGUGGGCAUUGGCCCAGGCGAUGGAGACUGAGAGACCCCAAAUUCCACAUGGAACCUUUUCCCUAGACCUGCCCGUACCUCACCUGCAACCCACUUGGUCCCCAGACGUUUGUCCUCUUGCCCUCCUGAGCAGAAGGACCUUGUUCCAUGUGGUCAGCGUGGCCCAUGGGUACACCCCCAAACUUCCCGCUCCCCACCCUCAAAUCCUCCAUUAGGCAGCAAACUCACUUUGGGGUCCAGAAACAUCCCUGCACGUCCCCACGUCACCUGCCAUCUUGGCCUGCCCAGCCUAACGGAGGAAGGACCCGGGGUUCUGCUUCGGGCUGACUGCCGCCCACUCCGCAGGGAACAGCCCUGCCGCCAGAUCAUUCCACCCAGAGGGAAGGAGCUGCAGGGCCGCCUAGACCGAGGUGGGACCACCGCCCCACCUCCCAAGCUCCCGCCAGGUGUUGAAAUCCGUGCCCAGCAUCCAGCAGGGAGCUUCCACCUGGUGGGUGCUUUUCAGAGGCAUCCCUCCCCCUGCAUCUGACUCUCUGAAAUCCGGUUUUGUUCAAAAACCUCCUGCAAUUACUCGGAUGUGAAAGUUUCUGGGGAAUUCCUAGAGUUUGAGAAGACUGUGGGUGCAUGGGGGUAGGUUUCUGGGCUGCCCAGUUGUCCCACACCAACCUGGAGCAUGAGAGGAAAACCUGAAGGGCGAGAGGUUUGCAGGCUUUAGGUCACCCCGCCUUCCGGAGAAAGACGCUUCCUCGGCCCUGGGACCUCUCGCCGAAGGUGGGGGACGCCUGGCCGAAUGGUCCUGGGUGUUCCAUUGACCUUUCACUGACAUUCCCAUAUUCUGCUGUGCCACAGGUCCACCGAGACCACGCAUGCGGGACGAGUCUGGGAGGGUGGACUGCUCCGGGUGCAGGGCGGUGGGGGGGAAGUGGGCUGGUUUCCUCCAGAUGUGCGUC